CGGGGGCGGGGCCUCCCAGGAGGCCAGUGCGCGGCCGCGGAGUUAGACCCACGCGUCGCUCCACCCCCGGGGAGAGUCGGCGCCACCAUGGAGGAGUACCACCGCCACUGCGAUGAGGUUGGUUUCAAUGCUGAUGAAGCCCACAAUAUCGUCAAAGAGUGUGUGGAUGGGGUCUUAGGAGGUGAGGACUAUAAUCAGAACAACAUCAACCAGUGGACUGCAAGCAUAGUGGAGCAAUCCCUAACACAUUUGGUUAAGCUGGGAAAGGCUUAUAAAUACAUUGUGACCUGUGCAGUGGUCCAGAGGAGUGCAUAUGGCUUUCACACGGCCAGCUCAUGUUUUUGGGAUACCACAUCUGAUGGAACCUGUACUGUAAGAUGGGAGAACCGAACCAUGAACUGCAUUGUCAAUGUUUUUGCGAUUGCAAUUGUCCUUUAACCAGCUAAAAAUGUUGGGCUAAAGCCAUUCACUUAAGAAUUUGUCAGCCUAUCCUUUCUAAACAAGAGUAAUAGUUACUUAUUCAUGUGCUAGAUACAAGUGUGCAAUAUGCUUCCAAGCUAUCAACAAAAACUGAGUAUUAUAAGCAAGCAGUCUCAUUAUAAGUUGGCAGAUUAUCUUAUACUCCAUACAGCAUCAUUGACAUAGGAAAAAUUGAAUGUUAGCAAAAAGUAAAUGCAGAAAUAUGGCAUGACAUCAAAAAUAUAAUCUUAUACUUACACCAGCUUUUCACUAACAUUAUUAUGUAUCUUUCAGCUAGAGUACUUAACAGGGAUAAAUAUUUGAGCAAAAAAGCUACAAGGAUGAAUGUAGAAAAGAAAUGAAUUAGCUAACACCUCUUAGUUCUUUAUUUCUUCCCCUUGCUUAGUUGUACAUAAUAUUUAAUGGAAGAUAGUUUGGCUCUUUUUUUUCCUAUCAACUAAUGUUAUAUUAGCAAUUAUGAUUUACCUGUCUACUUUUUCUGAGAACUGGUGAAUCCAUUUUUUUAAUUUCAAUUUCCUGGAUUUACACUAAAGGUUGAAAUCAAUCUGAUAACCUGAAUUUCCUAGUUAAGCAAAAUUAGGAACAGCAUAUGAGGAACAGCAUAUGACUCAGACAGUUGCCUUACAAUCUACUCUUUCCAUGUAGAACAAGCAUUUACUGCAUGCCUGUUAGUAGCUUAUUUCUCUACUGGGCAUUACACUUACCAAUGUGCUGUUCACAUGCAAAGUUUUUUUGGCAGCUGUUCAGUGGGAAAAGUAGCAUUUGUUUGGGGAUGAAAAAAAAAAAAGAGUUGUUUUAAAAGAGGAGAGAAAACCAAGGUUGGUUACCCAUGUGGAAGUAAGCAAAAUGCAAAGCACUUAUUGGUGACAGAAUUAUAGAUGUCAUUUUAAGAGUUGCUCCUAGCAAAUUAAAAAUGCUUAGAAUAUGCAACUCUUUGUUAAAGGCCUUAUUAGUAGUCUUAACUAUACAAGUAGUAAAUUUUAUCAUUGCUUUAGUUACAAAUAUCUGUAAAUAGUUUUAAAUACUUAUUAUGUAGGAUAUGAAUUGAGAGAAGUAAAGUACAAAUUAAAAUUAUACAAUCAUUAGCAGGUUAUCUAAUAUCUCAGGGCUUAUGACGUAUAGUUAAAAUGAAAGAAGAAUUAGGGUACACAGCUGGCCACCAAAUGCGAAGUCAAUCUGCUAUUUAACCUUGAAAAUAAACUCAAUUUUGCAUAUUAUCACUAACACUAAUACAUAGAGACUGGAGUCAUGAUUCAGUGACUUUUUAGGGAAAAGAAAAGUUUAGCAUUAAGGUGGUAUUCUUCUAGGAAUACUAAGGCAAUAUUCUUCUGGGAAUGCUUUGUGCAUGGUUGAUAUUUUGCUGAAUAACUUCAAUGUUUUAGAAGAAGCUUAAGAAAAUACAAGGAUAAGGGCUAGGAAGGAGUACAGCUCAGUGGUAGAGCACUUACCUAGCAUGUGCAAGAACCUGGGUUCCAUCCCCAGCACCACAAAAAAGUACAAGGAUAGAGUUUAAUGCAGUAACCUGUGUUUUUGGCAAUCAAAAAUUCUCAGUCAUUACCUUUGUGUUACAUUAUGCUGCUGGCUUUUGUGCCCCUGAAGAUUAUAAUAGUGACCAAAAUAUCUGUGCACUUAAGGAUUGUUUUUGAUUGUUGUUGUUGAAGCCUGGUUUCAAAAAAACAAAUCAAAUUAUACCUCGUGAUCUUGCUAUCUGCUCUAUUUCUAGUUAAAGUGUAAUAAAGAUUAUCUUCCUGUGCUAUA